GGUAAAUUGCAGGAUCUCGUGAUGGCGGGGGAGGCCCGCAACCGGGUGUUAGCUCACGGAAUGAGACGGACGGCUUCGAAUCGUUCGUUAGCCUCUGUGACUUUGUCCAAUGCCUCGACAUCUUCAGUUCUCAAAUCAGAAAUGGUCACGAAUCCCUAUCCAUUAAAGGGACGAGAGGUGGUGUUAGAUUUGGAAAAUAGGAAGCAAUAUGAAGAAUUACGGGUAGACAUCAAGAAACUAGGUGGAAAAAUAGUUGAUAUGAUCAAUGAGGAUCGGCUACCUUUCGUCGUCAUAUCCGAUCAUCCAAUGGCCGCAUGGUUGGAAGGAUUGAAGGGUGUGUAUAAGGAAAAGGAUGAGCGAAUAAAGAAACUACCGAUGUUACUCAAGGAUGCUGUGCAAAAUCACGUCAAGGUCCGCUCCCUAAAGACGUUUCAAGAGCAGUUUGCACGAUUCAAGUCACGGAUCAGCGUUGCCAGAGCUGUAACUAAAGCUCCUCAGAAACGAUUACCAGCAAAAGCGGAUGAGGAUGACAAACAUGUACGACAACUGCGACGACCAUUCAUCAAAUGGCAAGAUAAUCAAAAGCGAUAUGCUCCGUCCUACAAGGAGUGCCCGACGUCACGAUGGACAACUGUCUAUUUUGGACCGGAUGCUGGGAACUGCGUGUUUCGACGCGUGACAGCUGAACAGUUGGAGAAAAGGAAACAACGCGAAAAUGAGGCCGCCAUCUCUCCAGAAAACUCCGAUCCACCCAGUUCUUCUGGAAGGGAAAGGGAGGAAAAAAGGAGCGGAAAGUCUGGAAAAGAUACCUUCAAGCAAAAUAAAACCGUAAGAACGCCUACGAACAAGUUCUGCGAUCUUUGCGGGAAAGCGUUUGAGGAUAUGGAGCAGCAUUAUGAAUCAAAGGAGCACGCUACUGCGGCUACACGACCCGGUGUCUACGAUGAGGUCGAUCUGUACGUAGGAUCAGUGGUUGACUAUAUUAUCUGUCCUGGUGCUCCAUCCACUCCCCGACUGCCUGAGAUUAUACCUGAAGAAGACGAAUUCAGUGAAGAUGAGUCAGAUUACGAGUACAGUGAAGGCAAGUAUAAGUGUACGUUGUUGAAUAAGAAGUCGUAGUCUAAUAACAAACCGUUGUCUUUUAUCCCGUUAUUGUUUUUGCUUGUUGACAUGGUUCUCAAUAUCAGGUAUGUAUAUAUGGUGCAUAUCGCGUUAGAUGUCUUAUUGCUUUUUUGCCAAUGAGUUAUGACGCAUCGUUUUCACUGUGAUAUUUUGAUUGCUGCUCCUGAAUUAGACCAAAAGCUCGACAAAUCUUUUGCUCCUAUGUUUGCUAUAAUUCUUUCUAUCCACUGCCAUUCUUGCCCUGUGAAAUUUCUCAACACCAAUCCUAUGCUCAAAUGCAAUUCGAUGCGGCUAUUGCAUGUUUACUGAUGCCUAUACUCUGUUUCACAGUUAUAGCCUUCGCAUGAGUUUGG